UUGGCGGAGGAGCAGGUGAGAAUGUGCCACCGCCAGGUGGAAGUCAUGGACAUAGUGAAGCGUGCUGCCGAACUGGCCCUCGAGGAGUGCCAGCAUCAAUUCCGCAACCGCCGCUGGAACUGCUCAACCUUGCAAGGACUGCCGGUUUUUGGGAAAGUCAUUCUGCAAGGCACACGAGAGUCCGCCUUUGUCCACGCUGUCUCCUCAGCGGGGCUUGCUUUUGCUGUGACUCGGGCCUGCAGCCGGGGUGAGCUGGAAAAGUGUGGAUGUGACCGCAAGAUCAGAGGAAUCAGCCCUGAAGGGUUCCAGUGGUCAGGCUGCUCCGACAACCUGUCCUACGGCAUCGCCUUCUCCCAGGCCUUUGUGGACACCCCAGAGCGGAGCCGUGGAGCCUCCUUUAGCCGGGUGCUCAUGAAUUUGCACAAUAACGAAGCUGGGAGAAAGGCCAUUCUGUCCCACAUGGAAAUAGAAUGCAAGUGCCACGGGGUGUCUGGCUCCUGCGAGGUCCGCACCUGCUGGAAGGUCAUGCCCCCGUUCCGUGAAGUUGGCAGCAUCCUGAAGGACAAAUUUGAAGGUGCCACGGAAGUGCAUCCAAAACGUGUGGGCUCCCAGAAGCUGCUGGUGCCGAAGAGUUCCCACUUCAAGCCUUACAGCACUCAUGACCUGGUCUACUUGGCAGCCAGUCCCGAUUUCUGCAAGUGGGACCCGCACAGAGGAAUCUUUGGCACCGCGGGACGCCACUGUAACCGGACUUCCGCAGCCAUGGAUGGCUGCGAGCUGCUGUGCUGUGGUCGUGGCUUCCGCACAGCCCAGGCGGAAGUUGUCGAGAGGUGCAGCUGCAAGUUCCGCUGGUGCUGUGCGGUCAAGUGCAGACAGUGCCGGAACCUGGUGGAAGUGCACCGCUGCCGGUAGGAAGAAACUCUUGCUAAGCAGAGAGAUGUUUGGGGCCAGGGUGGGAUGACAAUAAGCAAGGAGAGAAGAAGUGAUUCAUAGGAAGAGGGUGCUUCCUUUGACAGGAUCCAAAGGAGUGGGCCUGGACUAUCAAUUAGGAUUGCCACCCUCCAGGUGGGGCCUGGUCAUCUGCCAGAAUUACUACUGAUCUUCAGGCUGCCACGAUCAGUCUCCUCGGGGAAAAUCUACCAUCUUAUACUAAUGUAAUGAUGAUC